UUCCACCUACCCCUGCGCAUGCGCAGUCUGACACAGACCUGACAACAAGCUAUCGGAUGUGAGAGCCCUUGAUGAUAUGGGCAUUGCGCUGGCAUUUCAAUUCUUCGAAUUAGCUACCUAGCUAGAGUCAAAUGAACAACGCCUUACAAACAUUGAAUUGUCAAUUUCAUAUGCUAUAAUCGCCUUUCUGUAUUCUCACGAUGCCGAGCAAUAAGCUUGAGAAACCUGACAAGCAGGAGGUCAAUGAUAAUGUCAAGGUGGUGGUGAGAUGUCGUCCCUUCAACCAGAAAGAGAAGAUGAUGAGCCACAAACAGGCCGUCAUUGUGGACGAGAAUCGUGGGACCAUAACGGUUAACAAACUGGAGACGCCCCAUGAGCCUCCUAAGACUUUCACAUUUGACACUGUGUUUGGACCAGACAGCAAACAGCUGGAUGUCUACAAUCUCACUGCUCGCCCCAUAAUUGACUCCGUAUUAGAGGGAUACAAUGGCACGAUUUUUGCAUAUGGGCAAACUGGCACAGGAAAAACGUUCACAAUGGAGGGUGUGAGAGCAGUGCCAGAACUCAGAGGGAUAAUCCCAAACUCCUUUGCUCAUGUUUUUGGUCACAUUGCCAAGGCAGAGGGUGACACAAGGUUUUUGGUUCGUGUUUCAUACCUGGAGAUUUACAAUGAGGAAGUGCGAGACCUGUUGGGCAAGGACCAGAUGCAGAGGCUAGAGGUCAAAGAAAGACCAGAUGUUGGCGUGUAUAUCAAAGACCUCUCUGGUUACGUUGUGAACAAUGCAGAUGACAUGGACAGGAUUAUGACCAUGGGCCACAAAAACCGUUCUGUCGGUGCCACAAACAUGAAUGAACACAGCUCCCGUUCUCAUGCUAUCUUCACCAUCACCAUCGAGUGCAGCGAGAAGGGUGUGGACGGAAACCAGCAUGUGCGCAUGGGAAAGCUUCAUCUGGUUGAUCUUGCGGGCUCGGAAAGACAGGGCAAGACUGGAGCAACAGGUCAGCGUUUAAAGGAAGCGACAAAGAUUAAUCUCUCUCUCUCCACGCUGGGUAACGUCAUCUCUGCCCUGGUGGACGGCAAGAGUACGCACGUGCCCUACAGGAACUCUAAACUAACCCGUCUGCUGCAGGAUUCCCUAGGAGGAAACUCCAAGACCAUGAUGUGUGCAAAUAUAGGCCCUGCAGACUAUAACUAUGAUGAGACCAUCAGUACCCUGCGCUACGCUAAUAGGGCUAAAAACAUCAAGAACAAAGCCAGGAUCAAUGAGGAUCCAAAGGAUGCCCUUUUGCGCCAGUUUCAGAAGGAGAUUGAGGAGCUAAAGAAGAAACUGGUGGAAGGUGAAGAGAUAUCUGGAUCAGAGGGAAGUGGAUCAGAAGAGAUGGAUGAAGGUGAUGAUGAAGGAGGGGUGGCAGGAGAAGGCCGCAGAAAAAGAAGAGGGAGGAAGAAGGUUUCUCCAGACAAGAUGGUGGAGAUGCAGGCAAAGAUUGAAGAGGAAAGAAAGGCGUUGGAGGCCAAGCUGGACAUGGAGGAGGAGGAGAGGAACAAGGCAAGGGCAGAGCUGGAGAAGAGGGAGAAGGACCUACUUAAAGCUCAGCAGGAGCAUCACCUUUUGCUGGAUAAAUUGUCGGCCUUGGAGAAGAAGGUGAUCGUGGGUGGGGUGGAUCUCUUGGCCAAGGCUGAGGAGCAGGAGAAGCUUUUGCAGGAGUCCAACAAUGAACUGGAAGAACGUCGCAGGAGAGCGGAGCGGCUGCGGAGGGAGCUGGAGGAGAAGGAGCAAGAACGUCUGGACAUAGAAGAGAAGUACACUAGUCUGCAGGAGGAGGCUCAAGGAAAGACCAAGAAGCUGAAGAAAGUAUGGACCAUGCUGAUGGCUGCCAAAUCAGAAAUGGCAGAUCUGCAGCAAGAGCAUCACAGAGAGAUUGAGGGCCUCCUGGAGAACAUCCGCCAGCUGAGUCGAGAGCUGCGUCUCCAGAUGCUCAUCAUAGACAACUUUAUUCCCCAGGAAUACCAGGAGAUGAUCGAGAAUUACGUGCACUGGAAUGAAGACAUUGGAGAAUGGCAGCUGAAAUGUGUGGCAUACACUGGCAACAAUAUGAGAAAACAGACCCCUGCUCCAGACAAAAAAGAAAAAGAUCCAUUUGAGGUGGAUUUGUCCCAUGUGUAUCUGGCCUACACAGAGGAAAGCAUGCGGCAGUCAUUGAUGAAACUCGAGAGACCCAGAACCUCCAAAAGUGGCAAGAGUGGCCGACCCAAGACGGGGCGAAGGAAAAGAUCUGCAAAGCCAGAUGCUGUGAUCGAAUCCCUUCUGCAGUGAAGACAGCGCAGAGGACAGCUUGGUUUCACUGCAACUUUCAUGUUACUUUAGGAAACAAAUUCAUUAAGUCGAGUCUGAAGAAUUUAUUGUUCAACAUUAUUUAAAAGAUUAACUGAAUACACUGUAUAGCUGGUAUGUUUUAAAUGUGAAUGAGCUGCACCUAUGAUAGGAUUAAGACUUGGGCAGUGGUGGCAUAAAGGUUAGAGAAGUGAGCUUGUGACCGGGAGGUCGUCGGUUCAAUCCCCAGACUGACAGGAUAGAAUCUGGGUGG